AUGUUGCCGUGGAAGCGCUGCGAAAAUUUCAUUUUGAAACGGAUACAGACCUGUUUCUGCAGAGCUCUUGGUUAUUUCCGUUGCUGUUAUUUGUUCAUGUGCAUGUACUGCGAAUGCCAAGUUGAAAUUAACUUUGUGCGUAUCAAUGUCACUUUUCAUCACAUCUACAUCUCUCAAUUCCCGCAUUGCAGUAUUAAACCGUUUAUUGACCGCUUGGUCGCACGGGUGCAGGAAAUGGGAGGUAUUGGCAGUGUUUACUGAUGUGCGUGAUAAAUGCCUGGAAAAUGUUCAUCUCCAUGGCCAUUUUCAGUCACUUUUAUGACACCUUCUUCAUCUGGAAUUCACCCAGGUACAGCGUACCGUACCCAUACUCCCGAAUCCGCUUCCCUGCUACUAUGAAGAAAAGAGGUGUUUUAACUCGCUGACGGAUACACAAAUAACGGAUGUGAUGUGAUUUUGGGAUGCUUUGUUUGUAGUGCAUGCUACAAAUCCCCCGUGAUUGCUGUCUGAAGAUGUGAAGACCUUCUCA